AUGAUACCAGUUUUGAGAGAGAGGCAGAAACUUGCAGAUUUUCUGCGAUGUUGUUCGAAAACGGUGUCACUUCGUCAAGGAGUGCAGGUUCAUGGAGUUGUGAUAAGAAAGGGGUUUAACUUUGAUUUGAUGGUGAGCAAUGAUCUAAUAGACAUGUAUGGAAAAUGUGGUAGAGUGGACACUGCUUGUGUAGUGUUUGACAGAAUGCUUGAGAGAAAUGUGGUUUCUUGGACAGCUCUUAUGUGUGGACUUAUUCAGAAUGGUAAUGAGGAAAAAUCAUUAUAUUUAUUUUCUCAAAUGCGAUUAUCUGGUGUAAAACCAAAUGAGUUCACUUUUUCGUUGAAUCUUAAAGCAUGUACGAUAUUGUGUCGUCCUGAUAUCGGGAUGCAGAUUCAUGAUAUUUGUUUGAAAACUGGGGAUGAUGCGGUGAUUGUGGUGGCUAAUUCUGUUGUUGAUAUGUACUCCAAGUGUGGAAGGAUUAAUGAGGCUGCCCGCAUGUUUAAUUUUAUGCCGGUUAGGAAUCUCAUAAGCUGGAAUUCAAUGAUAGCAGGAUAUAGUACGGCAGGUUUCGGAGAGAAGGCAAUAGUUUUGUUUCGAGAAAUGUUGGAAAAUGGGCAAUGCCCUGAUGAGUUCACACUUACAAGCACAUUGAAAGCUUGCAGCCUUGUUGGUGCAGUCAGAGAAGGAUCUCGAAUUCACGCUUUCUUGAUCACUAAUGGCUUCCCAUAUUUAACCAAGACUAGUAUUGCAGGCGCUCUUAUCGAUCAAUAUAUAAAAUCUGGGAAAUUGAGUGAAGCUCAGAGAGUAUUCGAUAAGGUUGAAGAGAAAAAUGUGAUAUCAUGUAGUGCGCUAAUUCUUGGUUAUGCUCAAGAAGGAAACUUAGCGGAAGCAGUGGACUUGUUCAGGCAGCUUACAGCGAAUGACAUUGAAGCUGAUGGGUUUGUCCUGUCGAGCAUGAUAGGUGUAUUUGCUGAUUUUGCACUUGUGGAACAAGGCAAGCAAAUGCAUGCGUACUCCAUUAAAGUUCCGUCCGGUUUAGACAUAUCAGUAUGCAACUCAAUUGUUGAUAUGUAUCUCAAGUGCGGAUUGAUAGACGAGGCAGACAGAUUUUUCGCUGAAAUGUCCACGAGAAAUGUGAUUUCUUGGACAGUCAUGAUCACUGGCUACGGAAAGCAUGGCCUAGGUAAAGAAGCAAUUAGUUUCUUCAACAAAAUGCAAUAUGAUAGUAUUGAGCCUGAUGAUGUUACAUACUUAGCUAUACUCUUAGCAUGCAGCCAUUCCGGACUAGUUGAUGAAGGUCGAGAAUACUUCUCUAAGCUACGGAACGAUCAUAGAAUCCGAGCUAGGGUAGAGCAUUAUGCGUGUAUGGUUGAUCUCCUUGGCCGAGCUGGGCGCGUAAAAGAAGCAAAAGAUAUUAUAAAUAACAUGCCUAUAAAUCCAAACGUAGGAAUAUGGCAAACAUUGUUAAGUGCCUGCAGAGUGCAUGGAGACUUGGAAUUAGGAAGAGAAGUAGGUGAGAAACUUCUGAGAUUAGAUAGUGAUAAUCCUGUCAACUACGUGAUGCUAUCGAACAUUUACGCUGACGCUGGCUAUUGGAACGAGUGUGAGAGACUAAGAGAAUUGGUGAAGACAAAGAGGUUAAGGAAAGAAGCAGGACGUAGCUGGGUAGAGAUCGACAAGGAGGUGCAUUUCUUCUAUGGUGGAGACGACAUACAUCCACUCAUAGAGAAAAUACGUGAAAUCUUGACAGAGAUGGAGACAAGGAUGAAGCAAGAAUUAGGGUAUAGUUAUGGGAUGAAAUAUGCAUUACGCGAUAUAGAAGAGGAGUCGAAGGAGGAGAACUUGAGAGCUCAUAGCGAGAAGUUGGCGAUCGGGCUAGCAUUGAUUUGCGGUGGCUGGGAAGAGAGUGGGAGGGUGAUUCGCAUCUUCAAGAAUUUGAGAGUUUGCGUGGAUUGCCAUCAGUUCAUCAAGGGGUUAUCAAAGAUCUUGAAUGUGGUGUUUGUAGUGAGAGAUGCAAACAGAUUUCAUAGAUUUGAGAAUGGGGUAUGUUCCUGCAAAGAUUAUUGGUGACAUAUUAGACAAUUUCAUAGAUAUUUUAGAUAAGAAAUUGGACGACCUUUUCUGUGGUGAUGGUUCAGGACAACUUAGGGACUACCCAGAUAAGCAAAUGAAUGUGGAAGCUCAAAAUUUUGACAAAGGAAAUAAUGCAUUUCAUAUAAAAUGUAUAUCUCAUAUACAAGAGAAUCAAGAUGAAACCUACAUGAAACCAUUAUGAUUAUAAGCUCUACUUCAAUAGA